UGUGAUAGAAACUUUACCUCUGUAUCGAACUGUUAUCUUGUAGUCAUACGAAUUUCAAUAUCAACAAUGGGAUCUUCUAUACAUGUAACUACUGUGAAUUGUGUCUAUAUAUUUUUACAAAUAUGAAUUCUUAUUUUCGUCUUUAUUUAUCAAUUUUAGGGAUUUUAAUAUUUAUUACAGGGAGAACGCAAUGUGUAUUUUGUAAAUGCAGAAGAUUUUUGCACUCCUGACGAUUCGAAAUUCUUUGAAAUCACAGUUGUUAAGCCUUAUGAGAAUGAAAUUUCAUUUACUGAGAACCUCAAAGCCACAAGAGCAUACGCAUAUUCCACGGGUGUAAACUGUACAUUACGUAUAAAUGGCAUUCCUUCGUACGACAUCAUUCUAAGCGUUAUGUACAUUAGAUUUCGACCUGGAUGUGGAGAUUAUCUUCUAAUUUCUGAUGGAAACAAGCAAGUUGGUUUGUGUGGUUCAAAGAACGAGCGGGAUUCCAAUAUGCAGUUUUAUGGGAAAGAAAUUCAGAUUCAUUACUUCACCGAGCAAAAAGGUCGACAGCCAUUAGAUAUGAAUGGAUUUACUCUUUCGAUAACACUGAGUAAAAAAAGUAAUCAAUGCUACGAUUUUCGAUGUGAAAAUAAUUAUUGUAUCAAUGCUCGCUAUGUCUGCGAUGGAAUUAACAACUGUGGUGAUUUUAGUGACGAAAUCGAUUGUCAGCAGAUAGCACGAAAACCUUUUCCGGGCACUGUAGUAGUUAUUGCCAUGUUUCUUGUGAGUGUCAUGGGACUUGUAUGUGGUUUUUGCAUUUCUAUCUGUAUGAGAGCAGUAUGGAGAGAUCUUGUCAGAAUAUAUCUUCUUAGAGAUAAUCGUACGUCUUUGUUCUGUUGUAGUCGUUUUCGCUCUCGUUUGUGUUCAUCUUGUAAUUAAAUUUAGAAAUUCCGCCAAGCUGUUGAAUUUUACUGAUGCGUUGUAACAUUGCCAUUUUGAAGAUUGAUAUUUAUUGAACAAAUUGUAAAUUGAGUUUUCCAUGUAUUUAAAUCUAUUAAAACUGAAAAAAACUAUGAGUUACUUAUGAACUAUUAGUAACUAUGAGCUACUUUUCGCCAAAGAUGGGAACUAAAUGGUGGUAAAUUUAUGUAUCAGAAACCAAUAUCAUUGAUUAGACAUUAUUAUAUAACUAUUAAAUGACUUUUGUUGAUGUGAAUAAAUUUUUUUUUCACACUGGUGAUAUAAAACUUAAGUAGCUGCUGAAAUUUUCUCUAAAAGCUUUUGAAGAAACUUUUAUACCAUAGCUUGAAAUCUAAAAAGAAUGAGAUAAGUCUAUGUAAACUCUUACAUGAGGUUUCUACAAAUAUAUUUUCCGUUUUGGUAUUGGGGGAAAAACUUUCCUAUUUGUUUUGCUAAAUCUAAUCUCUCGGCCCUUUUAUAAUUUACAGUAUCAAUUGGAGUUUCUGUUGAUUUUGAAGCAGUAUUGCCAGAUUUACAUUGCAGAACCAGAAAAACUGGUACAUCUACCAAAUAUUGCUUACAGCCCCCACGAGCAAGUACAAGUGCAUGGACUCGAUGAGCGUCUGAAAGUAUACUGGAAGCAAUUCACAUCAUGAGUUCUACAGGACAAUCCACAAUUCUACAAAAGUACCAUGUGGCAGAAUUUCUUCAAUAAUGUUCUAAUCUUGGGAUUUAGUUGAUUCAUUGAAGUGACUUAAGUCGAAAGGGAGUUCUUGGAGCCACUCGGUGACGUGGGGUGUCUCAUUGUUCAGCUGGAAUUGUCGAAAUUUGUCGGAAUGCACAAUGGACACGAAUAGGUGUAAGUGAAUGGACUGGGUGUUUAUGCAUUUAUCACUUGUCAGAUUAAUCUCUUGACAUAUCUAGGAUUCCAUAUCAUGCUUACUGCACACACCUCAUAUCAUCUCAGAGGGUAUACCAGAUUGAACAGCCCUCAAUUGACAUGUAAAGUCCAUAAAUUCAUGAGAUUGUCUCUAUACCCAUACAAGUUCAUAGGCCCGAUACAAAUGGAAAUCACAUUCCUCAGACAAGACAGUGUGUUUCUAGUCAUCAGCACUCUAAUAGCGGUGUGAAAUCCAUGGCAGAAAAAGCAUAGUUUUAUGCGGGGCAAUCAAAAUGGUACACAAAUGGGCUUUCGGCUACAGAAAUGUAGGUCAAUGAUGGUCCGUCGAAUAGUUCUCACACUGAUACUUGUCGAUGCCACAGCACUGAAAUCCAUGGCAAUUUGAGGAAGUGCUGCACGUCUAUAUAGUGUAAAGAUUCUGCUGUCGAUGUUGAUAUUCUUUCAAAGUCUUUUCCUUCAGCACCGAUGUCGGAUGUUUGAUGUUCCGCCAGAUAUUUAAUAUUCACAGUACACUCUUGAAAUUGUCGUACUCGAAAUUCAAAUUUUCCCAUUAUCUCCAAUAUGCUUUGUUCUAUUUCUAGUGUGUCGACUUUAAGGCCUCGUCCAAAAUCACUUAAAUCUUUGUAACCCGCCACUGUAGCAACAAAAACCGAUCUAACAGCCUUGCCAGACACCUAUUGUCUUUUUCUAGGCCACAUGAUAUUAUGCUGAUUGGUUGCAUAGCUCCUUUAUUCGGACAUACAUGUCUGUACCAAUUUUUCUGGCUCUUCAUGGUAUUGUGUGGUGUUUUUUUUUAAAUAGAGAACAUUGUUAAAUAAAAUCUGUAACAUAAAUCAGACCCAAUAUGGAGCAAAAUAAUUCUAUUUUGACAACAAAAUAUGUUUUGUAGUGAGAGAAGUUUUAAACAAUUGCACCAUGAAAUACAAACAUAAAUCUUUGUUACAGUCAAAGUAUUCAGGAAAUAAGAUGGAAUUUUUGUUACCUUUCACUUGGAUUUUCAUCAUAAAAAUAAAAAAUUUUUUUGUAUCAAUUGGAUUAUUGACGUUAUCUU